AUGGCUGCCACUCUUUUACCAUUUCCUUUUAGGAGGAGAGUGACUCCCUUUUCAGGGGAAAACUCCGCAGAAACAUUGAACCGUUUUAGAAGAAAACGGAGAAGGAAAAUUUUUAAGUGGUCAAUUCUUUUAAUGGCCAUCAUAAUGAGUCAAUGCACUAUCGAGAGAACCAUAUGGCAGCUUCCUAGAACAGGUGCUUGGUUUCAGCUUGCAUUGAACGAGUUUUCAGACCAAGAAUGGUACGAAAACUUUCGCUUGUCCAGGGCGACAUUUCGAUUUCUUGUUGAAGAACUUAAACCAGAACUGACAUUGCAAGAUACAAAGAUGAGGAAGGCUGUUGAAGUAGAAAAGAAAGUGGCUCUGUUCUUGUACUUCAUUGCUUCAACCGCAAGUUAUAGAACGCUUUCUAACCUGUUUGGUUUAUCCAGGGGUUUUGUUUGCAUUUGCAUCCGCAAGGUAGCCGCUGCAGUGUUGAGAAAACUUGAGCCAAAGUAUAUGUCAAUUGCUAAAGGAGAUGAACUUACUCGCGUGAUAGCUAAUUAUAAGGAGAAAUGGGGGUUUCCCAUGUGUGCUGGAGCAAUCGAUGGCACACAUAUACCAAUUUCAACACCACAGCAAAAUCAUGCAAGUUACAUCAACAGAAAAUCUUACCACAGCAUUGUGAUGCAAGCUCUUGUUGACAGUAGUUACCUAUUCCGUGAUAUUGUUGUAGGGUGGCCAGGAAGUGUACAUGAUGCAAGGGUCUUUUCGAACUCACAGCUGUACGCCCUGGGGUGUAGUGGGAGGUUAUUUCCACCAGAUGUGAAAGAGGAAAUUUUUGGGGCAGGAAAUUCAUCCUGUUGUCUUGGGAGAUCCAGCCUACCCCAUGUUAAAUUGGCUACUUAA